AGAAGAAGAAGAACAUGAAGAAGAAGCACGGAAAUAAAAUCGGAAAUAAUAAUAAGAGCAAAUAAUUAUUUUAAAAUUUAUUAAAUCUAAAUAAAAUAUAAUUUGUGUCCCCAUAGUGUACAAGAAUAGGAAGGGAUAAAAAUCGUACAAGUUGUAUUGUUAUUACAUACGCUCCAAUGUCAACUAACACUGCGGGUAAACGUCGACAAAAAGCAGGUGGUAGGCAUAAUGAUGCCUCCACUACGGCCACUGGCCAGAACAACCAUCGUGGCAAGGUGGAGCGGGUCAAUCUACCCGAAAACGAACGUUUACCAUUACAGGCGAAAAUUUCCGAGUUCCUUGCUAGCAGCGAGGAUGAGAUUGUCCUCAAAGGUCUGAGCAGCAUACAUCGCAAAUACCUACAUCAAUAUGCUGCAAAAAGAGGUCUAAAGAGUAAAAGUUACGGCUCCACUAGUAAUCGUGAGCUGCACAUAAUUAAGCGCAAACGCUUGACAGCUCUGGGAGAUGUGAAAGUGCUAAAUAUAACACCAGCAACCAGGGCUACACUGCAAAGCCUCAUGCCGGCUAUACAGUCGCAGUUGGUCACAAAUCAGGCUCUACUACAACCUAACUCUCAUCACACACAUAAGGGCCUAAGAAAUGAAUCUUUGUCUGUAUCUCUGGGACCACGCAUGAUUCCACCAAGACCGCAACGUAUCAGUAAGGAAUUGUGUCGAGAUAAGCAAGAACUGCCGAUAUAUCAAUACCAGGCGGAGUUGCAUCAAAUGUUAGAGCAGCAUAAUGUUUUCAUAGUUAACGGAGAAACUGGUUCGGGUAAGACAACCCAAGUUCCUCAGUAUAUAUUAAACGAUGCCACAAGACGUAGUCGACCAUGCCGCAUAGUGGUAACACAGCCAAGAAGAGUUGCCGCCGUCUCUGUGGCCCAUCGAGUGGCUGAGGAAAGAGGUGAGCCGCUGGGUGAAAGUGUGGGCUAUCAAAUACGCAUGGAGAGUCGUGUAAAGAGAACUUCAAAUUUAAUAUAUACCACAUCGGGCUGUUUUUUAAGAUCCCUUAUGUCCGAUGUACGCGAUCUCUUCCGUAAGGUGUCCCAUUUGAUAAUUGAUGAAAUUCACGAACGUGACAAAAACACCGAUUUCACAUUGAUCACCAUCAAAGAACAAUUGAAAAUGAAUAAAGAUCUCAAGGUUAUUCUUAUGUCUGCCACCAUGGAUAUUCAAUUGUUAUCGAAAUAUUUCGAUAACUGCCCAGUAUUAAAUGUUCCCGGACAAGGCUACGAUGUCAAAAUUUAUCAUUUGGAAGAUAUACUCUAUCAUACGGGCUAUCGCACUGCUUUGAUGGAGAAAUAUUUACGCUCAAUGAAUGAUAACUUCCCCUUGCCCUCCACCAUGUUUGAUGAUAACAUACUUGAGUCGGGCCAAAGACAAACAGCUGUGCGUUUGGAGGAUAAAUACUUGCAGCAACUCUUGGAUACUCUCAUAGAGCAGUGCUGCGACAAUAUGGAAACUAAAACGCGCGAAGAGCUACAUGAAAUGUUCGAUCAAAUCCAGUACUAUAUUGAAAGCGAGGGUAUGAAUAUAAAUGCCGGUCACUCGGAGAGCGGUAUAACCGCCUUAAUGGCUGGCUGUAAAUGCAAUAUGCCUGACUUUGUACAAUUCGCAAUUCAGAGGCAAGCCAACGUUUUGAUACGCGAUAAUGAUGGCUAUGAGGCAAUUGAUUAUGCUCGCCUGCAUCAAGACGGCAUUUGUUUGCAAAUUGUUAUGAGUUCAUCACACAGUGCGGAAAGGACGAAACAACAGGCGGAGCUGAGUCAGCAGGACAAGGAGAAGCAGAAAGUCCUCUUGGCUUACCAGCAACAGUUUAACGAUGACAAUGAAGUAGAUCACGAUUUGAUUUUGUCCCUGCUCGAAGGUCUGUACCGCAGUGCUCAUCCGGGAGCAAUAAUGGUAUUCUUGCCCGGUUAUAAUGACAUUGUGCAACAGAGAAAUUUGAUACAAAGCACUUUGCCUGGAGGCACUUACAAACUUUGUAUACUACAUGGCCAAAUGGACUCGAAAGAUCAAUUUGAAGCCCUUCAGCAGCAUCCCGUUAGGAAGAUUAUAUUGUCCACCAACAUUGGUCAGACGUCUAUAACAAUACCCGACUUGGCCUACAUCAUAGACUCGGGUAAGGUUAAGAUGAACACUUAUGACUCCAUAACAGAGUCCUCACAACUCCAAUCAAUAUGGAUUUCUCAAGCUGAUGCUUGCCAACGAUCUGGCAGGGCCGGACGUACACAGAACGGAGUUUGUUAUCGUUUGUACUCCCUGGCCAAGUAUCAAUUUAUGCCACAGUUUAGCAUACCGGAAUUUAUGCGCAUACCGCUGACGGAAAUAUGCCUGUAUGCAAAGACUUUGGAGCCAAAAUGUGAAGUUCAACAUUACUUGCAGAAGUCAUUGAAUCCACCCUCAAGCUUUAGUAUUCAAAAUGCCUUGAGAAAACUGAAAAUACUGGGAGUUUUUCGCGAUGACGAGUCGGUAACAGAGUUGGGUAAACAUCUGGUGGAUAUACCACUUGACGUGCAAUUGGGCAAAUGUCUGAUGUAUGGAGUGUUCCUUAAAUGCUAUGAUCCCAUAUUGACCAUUUGUUCGUAUCACUCGGUAAAGGAUCCCUUUAUCUUGCCCACAGAUAGGUCGGCUCAAGGGCAGGCCUCCUUCCAACGCAAGUCCUUUGCAGGCCAAUCCUUUAGCGAUCAAAUGGGCAUCCUGUCGCUGUACAAGUCCUAUUUAGAAAUUCGCCACAAUCCUCGCAAGGUGAGAGACUUUUGCAACAAAUAUUUCCUUUCCCAUUCGGCCAUGGAAAUGUUUUGUGCCACACGCAAGCAGAUAAACGAUGUCAUGAAGAACAAAUUCAACAUCAAUUACAUGGAUAAAAUGUUCAACAACGAUUGGCAUAUGAUACAAUUAUGUCUGGUGGCUGGCUUCUAUCCGAAUGUGGCAUUGAUAGACCGUAAGGGCCACAAGCUCAUAUGUGGCGCUGAGAAGCAGUUGAUUUUGCAAAGAUCUUCAGCCCUUAAUCCACCGGGCAAGAAACACCUAAAAGAAUUCAUCAAUCAAAUGCCUCACGAUUGGAUUGUCUUUUAUGAAAAAUCCAGAAUUUCCAACACCUGCACCAUCAACAUGAAUACGGUUGUUCCUUCCAUCAUGAUAGCCUUGCAAUGUGGGCGUGACUGCGAGGUUAUCAACAACGGCGGCUUAGACGAUAGCGAUGAGGAGGACGACGAUGAUGGCAACGAAGACAAUGACACAGAUUCCGAUACAUCUGACAAAUCCCUCGAUACACCUGUACCUACCAAUGAUUUCGAAGCUUUGCAAUUGAAAUUGGCCAAGACAUUGGAAAACAUAUCUCUUAGUAAUGCCAAUAACAGAUCCGUAUUGUCCCUGGACAAUUGGAUAAAAUUCGAGCUGACAUCCAGCGAUGCCAAACUGCUGUUGCUUCUGCGCAUAGCACUGCACACGCAAUUCAUGGCAUUCUUAAGGACUGGACCCAACUCGAAUACAUCAAACGUAGCCUAUUGUUUGCAAAAGCUAUUGCAUUCUCUGAACAGCAGCGCCCCAUCCCUGAAAUUCUCAGUUUAACUGCGGUAUUUCUCAAGACCUAAACAAGAAAAGCCGGGGCUGCUGGCCCUUUCGUUGCUACGCCUAGGACUUUAAAUAAGUUUUGUUUUCCUUUCCAAAGCACAACUUUAUAUGCUUGUAUUUGUUAAUAUCGUUUUCAUUUCGGUAGUGUUUUAAGUAGUUUUAAAUGAAUAAUGAAAAGAUGGGAUAACCAUACAUAAAAUCCUUCCCACACGUAUGCAUAGCUAUAUUAACUGGAUCAAAGUUAAUUUUGAUUUGGUAUGAGAUUAAGAAUUGAGUGACACACAUAUACACACACAAACACACCUACAUUUAUACUUCUACAAAUAUGCAUAUUUAUUUUAGAUAACCUUUAGUAUUGGAGUUAAGGUAAUGAUUUAAAAAAAUAUAAAAACCAAAUGGUUUUAUACGAAAAGUAUCACUAUUUGAUUUGGCACUGAAAGUUUUGACCAUUGAGCUGAGAGCUGUAAGAAUAGCAUUCCAACUCGGUCGCCAUUUUCAGACACACAAGAAAAACAUCGUGUGCAGCACACUCCCCAUAAGAUACACACACACACACACAGAAUUUCUCACAUAAAACACAACUUUUAGAAAAAACAAAAGUAAAAAUGUAUUAUGGAAGAUUUUAUGCAUUAAAAGUUAUAACCGAAAUCUUUGUGUAACAUGUUAAGAAAAUAUGCUGAAUUGCAAAUAUUUCGCCUAUGUUUUAUGACAUUCCAAAAUUCUAUUCAAUUCGAAAGUGGUUAUUUUUUGCUUGUUUUUGUUGCUAUUUUUGCGCGAAAUGAAAAUAUUUAUUUCUUAAAUAAAAUUAAACGACAAAUACUUUUAACUAAUAUCCAUUUGAGUAUUAAAGCGUGUGAAAAUGAUUUUAUUACAUGUACGAAUAUCAUUGUUAGAACACGCGCUGCGCCGCAUACUACAUGUAAAGUAUGCUUAUAUAUAAGUGACAUGCAUACAUACACAGAAUAUUUAUUCAGAUCUAAAUGCUUGAUAUACAUUUGAUUAUUUCUAGUAAGACUUAAGUGAAAGUUAUAUAAAACAACAUUGAAAUCAUAUUUCCAAUAAAUUCAUACAUUUUA